AUGCCACAUCAGCCAUCUGAUCAAUGCUCUGUCGAGACCAAGCUGGGCCGCCUCGGCCGCAACCCGGAUGAGCAAUGUGGCUUCAUCAACUGCCCCAUCUACCGCGGCUCCACCGUCCUCUACAAGAGCUUCGAUGACGCACUCAAGCGCCGCUCCGCGUACUGGUACGGCACUGCUGGCAACCCCACCGUGACGAACCUGCAGAACGCCUGGACUGAGCUCACCGGCGGUGCUGGCAGUAUUGUCGUGUCUUCUGGCAUGCAGGCGAUAGCGUACGCGCUGCUGGCGGCCGCAAACAGCGGUGACAAUAUUCUUGUGGCGGACGCAGUCUACCUGCCUACCCGUAAUCUGUGUGACAACUUCUUGAUGACCAAGGGCAUCACCACGACCUACUACGAUCCCUGCAUCACGGCAGACGAGCUGCGUGAGCUGCUUCGCCAAAAGCCCAACACCACCGUGAUCUUCAUGGAGUCACCGGGAUCGCAGACCUUCGAAGUCCAGGACGUGCCGAUGAUCUGCGCUGUGGCACGCGAAUUCAACAUCACGACGAUCAUCGACAACACUUGGGCCAGCCCCAUUUUCUUUGACGCUCUCGGCAUAGGGUGCGAUAUCUCGGUGGAGGCUGGCACCAAGUACGUCGGCGGCCACUCAGAUAUGCUGCUCGGUCUCAUCUCAGCCAACGAGGAGUGGUACCCAAAGCUGCGGGCCUUCAUGAACCUCAUGCAGUCGGUGCCCGGCAACGAGGACUGUUACCUGGGCCUGCGGGGGCUGCGCACCAUGUACAUUCGCCUUAAGGAGGCGGAGAAGCGCGCGCUCGAGAUAGCGCGCUUCAUGGAGAGCCGCGAGGAGGUACUCAAGGUGCUGCACCCGGCACUCCCCAGCUGUCGUGGCCACGAGAUCUGGAAGCGCGACUUCACCGGCUCCUCCGGCCUCUUUUCGAUCGUGCUGCGCCCCCAGUACACGCUGCAGGACGUGGAGCGGAUGAUCGAGAACUACAAGCUCUUCAGCAUAGGCUUUUCAUGGGGCGGCUUCGAGAGUCUUGUAAUGUGCUUCGACUGCAGCGCGUACCGCACGGCAACCACCUUCGCUCCAGGUGGCAUCCUCAUCCGUUUCCAGAUCGGCCUCGAGAGCUUGGAGGAUCUCAAGCAGGACCUCUGCCAGGGUUUCGACAAGCUGAGCCGGGAGUCGAUGGACUGCUAA